AUGUAAAACAUAUUGCUAGACUUUAAAUAAGAUGAUAAGAAUAUCAAGAAAAUAAUAGAUAAAGAGAUAAAUAUUAAGACUUAAGGAGUUUUAAAUAUUGAUAAAUAUAAUUCAUAAUUUCAAGUUUUGGCUCAAGAUUGUUUGUAAUAGUGUGAAAAAACUACUCAUUUAAAAGGAGCCAAAGAGAUAGUUGAAUGUAUAAUUUAUUAUAUCAUUUGAGUUAAGGCAUAAAAUAUUAGUCAUGAAAAAGUAAUUGAAGCAGUGAGAUCUGCAAAUUUUGUGGAAAUUCAAAAUGUUAAUCAAAGAUUCAAAAGACUUUUUAAAGAAAUAUUGGAACAUCUCUCAGAUUAACUAAUUAAUGUAUUUAAAUAAGAAUAUUUGAUAUUGUGGUUAGAAUGUAAGAAUACUAAAACCAUCUUAUAAGAUAAGGAAUUAAAAUUAAAGAGUUCUGAGAUAACUAUGUAAAUUUAGGAAUAAGAACUAAUUCUACUAAGAACUCAUAAUUCAUCAUAAACUACAUUUUUAGAACAUAAUAAAAAGCUAGAAGAAACCAUAAAUAAUUUAGAAAAGGAUAAUAAUAAAUUAAAGGAAAAUCUACAAAAUUAGCUUAAUAUUUAUAACAAUCUGAAAAUAAAUUUUGAGGAACUUAAUAAAAAGUAUAAUAAAUUGUAAUAAUAAUUUGAAGAAGUUAAGUAAAAUUAUGAAAAAGAAAUAAACUAAUUAAAAUAAUAAGAGUUAAAUUUGAUUUAAGUAAAUAAAGAUUUAAUUGAAUUAACAAACUAAUUGUCAAGCUAAUUGGAUAGAUACAAAGAUUUAUAUGAAAUGUAAAAUUAAAAAAAUCUUGAACUUAAUGAUCAAAUUAAAUAUUGGAAAUCAACUCAUUUUUAAAGACUUGUUGAUUUACAAUAAUCUGAAUAAAGGAUAGGAUCAUAAAAAGGAUAUCUAUUCAAAUAUAGAAGAGAAGUUCAAGACUUAAAAAGAUUUAAACUUUAAAAUGAAGAGGCUUAAAAAGAAUUAUCAAAUGUAAGACAAACAGUUUAGAUAUUAAAUUAAUAAACUGAAUAAUUGAAAAUAAAUUAUGAGAGUGCAAAGAUCUAGAAUUUGAAGAUCUAGAUUGAAAAAACAGAGAAUGUUAAUUAAAUAUUAAUAAAAAAUGCUUUAUCAACUAAAAAAACUAAUAAUGAUUCAAAAUCAUUUAUUGAUUCUCCAAAAAGAGGAAAAUUUGAUUUUAGUUAAAUUAAAAAGCCUACCUAAUAAUAGUCUCCAAAAGAAGAAUUAACUUAAUUAAUAUUAGGUAAUUCAAAGUUUCCAAUAAAUAAAAAAAAUAGAAGUGCUAGUGCAAAAAAGAAUCUAUAAUUAGAAAGUGAUACUUCUAAAAAUAAUAUAGCUUUAUAUGAAUUGGAUUAAAUGACUCCUUUUCUUGAUAAUAAUUUAUAAUAAUUUAAUAUUAGUUAAGCUCAAAGAUUUCCAUCAAAUUUGAAGAAAAGAAUAAGAAGAAUAAAUACUGAAGGAUGA